UGAGACCACGGCUUGAAGGAUGAGGUAGCAUCGCCAUGUUGGCUUUCACGCUGGCAGCUUGCGCAGGAGCAACUUCGACGCUGGGCCCCGAGCCUUUGGUCGCCUGGCGCCACGACCGCCUGGUCUUCGAGGAGCCAAGCGACUGGCGGCUGCGCGGCCCCGUGGGCACCGUGUGCGUCACCGGCGACGACCGCGUGGGCAAAUCCACGCUGCUAGGCCUCUGGGCUCGAAACCUCACCAAUGAGGAGUUCGAGUUUCCAGUUGGACACUCACGCAGCUCCCACACGAAAGGCCUGUGGUCAGCAAUCCUGCCAGAUCAGGCCACUGGCCUCGACUUCCAUUUGAACCUCUGCGAUUCGCAGGGUCUCAAACAGGUUGCAGAGCUUCCUCAAUGGAGGUUGUUCGCCAGCAAUGUGCUUGUGCCGCAAGUACUGGUCUACAUGCUUAUCAACGUAGUACAGACCGACCAGCUGCGCGAUCUGGCCCGCAUGGCACACCAGUUCCAGAAGCUGGGCCGCAGCAAGCUGUUGCGCUUCGGAGGGCUCUCGCCGCAUCUGGUGGUGCUGGUUCGUGAAGAAAGCGACUUGGAUGGUGAAGGGCAGGACGGGCGGAACCUCACUUCCCACUUGGAGCAGGUCCUCCAGAGCCCCGGCUAUGCAGAAGACAAAGCCCUGAUUCGGCAGGUCUUCCAGACCCGCGAGGCUUGGUCCUUGGAAGAGCUGCCUCUCGAGGCCCGACGGGCCUUGCGGGAGGCAUGCGCUGCUUGGCAUGGACCAAGCUUUGCGAGCGCCUUCCAGGGGAACUUCGCCGCAGACAGCGCCAAAAGAUGGCGAGCGUCUGGAGAGGCAGCGCUGAAGCAAGUGCUGUCUGCGCUGCAAAGGAAGGCCCUCGUUCUUCCACAGGGUCCUGAGUUGUGGGAAUGGUAUCGAAGUGUGCUUGAGACUGUGAACAGUGAGGAGGAGUUGUCCUUGGAGCGUCUCAUUGGUCACAGUGAGCGGUUGGACCUUGUCCGACAGCGGAGACGCUUGAUGCAGGAUUGGUAUGGCCGUGGACUGGUCAUCUUAGCAGGCUUGGCGGUGCUCUCGGCCUUCAGCAGCUCGAUCAGCCUCUGCGUUGACAUUGCUGCUUGGCUGGCUUGGGUGCUGCUGAGCGUUUGCUUCUUGGGUGCCUCGCCGCUGCUCCGGACACCAUUGAGUGGUCUGGCUCAGAAGUUGUGCGAGCAGUUUUCAGAGGGCAGCGAGGUCUGGAUGAAGAUGGUUUGCUUGGAGGUGUCAUCACAAGGUGCAGCAGUGAUAAUAGCCUCUCUUCUUGGAGCUUUGAGCUACCCGCUGAUCACUGCGCAGUUGAGAUGCUUGAUGGGGCAUUUGCCGCUGCCGGCUCAGCUGAGCCGCUCCUUCGUGAUGUUGCUGUUGCUGCUGGCUGCACUUUGCCUCUCCCUUCUUCAAGAGGCGGCGGGCGGAACCAGCGCCAGAAGCGCUCCACAGAUCUUGGCAGCAUGCGUCCUCGCAACGGCAGCAAUAUCUGCGACUGUUGACAUUGCGCAGCAGACACUGCACAGCCAUCGCUGCGCGGCAGCCAGCGCCAUUGGAAGAGGCCUUCAUUUCUACAUCGCAGAGCGCGAUCAAUCGGUGGCAGCAUUGGAGGCCAGCGCGGAGUGGAAGCAGCACUACAGACGGCACGCCAGAGAUGAUGCGAUUUGGAGAUACCGCUUGGCAUCAUCUUGGCAAACCUGGUCACGGCUUUUGGAGGCCUGUGGAUUGCUCACCUGGUCCUGGCUCAUCUACCCGCAAUGGGAUGUGAUUCUCGCAGUUGGUGCAAUUGCAAAUUUGGCAGAUUUGUCGUUUAGCCUGCUGCGGUGGCUGAAGCGCUGCAUGCCAGGUGACGAUGUGCAAUCGUGGCUGGACAGCUUGGAGGACACAGAUUCCGAGGAUGCGCCAGCAGAAGAGGCUUGCAAAGAGCCCCAAAUACUUCCAGAGACAGCCGACGAGGCACGGUUGCGGAUGGAAAUUGAAGAGAUGCGGAGGGAGGCAUGGCAAGGUUCAGCACCAAGAAAGGCAAAGUUCAGGCCCUGGAGCUGAAUGGAAUUGACAUCCAACGAAUUCGUUGUACAGCGCGAACGAGCAGUUUGCAAAAAAGAUUUGCGAUGAUCUGCUGGCGAACCGGGA